CGCUUAACCAUUAGACCACUGAGCCGGUUGUGACAUAUCAGCUCACUGAAGACAAUGGUGUACGGUGGUGCAAUUUCAUGGAUUGGUUGGAGUUACACAUUAACAUCGCUUGGUACUGGCUCAGCGGUCUAAUGGUUAAGCGUUGGCGCACGAGAUCGAUAUGUCCUAGGUUCGUAUCCCUCGAACAGGAUCAUGGAUGCAUACCACUUUGAAGUCUCAUACAAAUAUGAAACAAUCGUUCAGUGCUUCCAGAUUUUCCUAUGGUGAUUUUGCUUCAACUGACACAUGAUUUCAACGAGUGAAAUUUCUAAAAUCUUCACAAUACCCCUUCUGAAUAAAACAAAUUCCAUAAAAAUCAUUUCAACCAAUCAAAUUCGUUUAUCUAUUUUUUUUUAUUACCUAUAUCUAAUGAUUCCUAUCAUUUGAUUGGUUCAUUUAUUCAAUGAAUAAAGUAUAAAUACCCAUGAAGUAAAACGUGUCAUCAUUAUAUUUCGAUUAAAAGUAUAAAAGUGUAGUUUGUUAUUUUGACGAUUCAAAAGUACCCGACGGGGGGGGGAGGGAAGGGAACAGGUGAAGUAAAUUGUAUCCAAGCCACACACACACACAAAAAUAAAAUGGAAUGGUUACUAUGCUUAAAAUAUAUAAUUUUUUAUAAAAUAAUUAUAUUAAAUAUAUUACAAUUUAUAAAUAAUUAUUAUUGGAAUGAAAAAACUAUAAAACAUCAACGUCAAUGUAUAUUUCCAUCAGUAUAUAAACGUAAAGCAAUUUAUGAAUGUCAACAUAUUGAUAUAAAUGGACCAAAUGAUGAACAAUCCAAUGUAAUAAUAAAUAAUCAAUUACAUUCAUCUAAAUGGUGGUGUCCAUUAACUGAUAAUUAUGAUCAUUAUCCAGAAUGGCAAUUAUGCCCAGAGACAACAACAACAUAUGGUGGUAAUCAACCAGGUAAACAAUGUUAUUUUCCAUUUAUUUAUCAUAAACGUUUAUAUACAACAUGUAUUCGAAAUGAUGGUGAUUUAAUCUAUGAACAUGUAAAUGAUAGAAUACCAAUAGAUAAUGGUAAAAGUGGUUAUUGGUGGUGUUCAACCACAUCAAAUUUUGAUCAUGAUGGUUUAUGGACAAAAUGUCGUCCACAAUUAUCAUAUCAAUUACCAUGUUAUUUUAAAAAACAAAUUAAUCAUUAUUAUCAUUAUAAUAUAGGAGGUUUUAUACAAUCUAGUGAUUAUGAAUGUCAACCAUAUUUAGGACAUUGGAUAUGUUAUACAGAAUUAAAACAAUUACGUGAAUGUCCUAAAUCAAUACAAUUAUUAUAUAAUAUUAAAACAGAAGGUGGUAAUGAUCCUGGUUUUCCAUGUUAUUUCCCAUUUCAAGCUACUUUAUCAUUACAUCCUCAUCAUCAUCCUCAUCAUCAUCAUGACAUAAGUAGACCACAAAAUUUCACACAUUGUUUACCUGGUAUAAUCAAUAAUCAAUUAGAUGAUCAAUUAUCAAUUUAUCCAACAUGGAUUGGUUAUUGGUGUUCAACUACAGAAAAUUUUGAUCGUGAUCAAUUAUGGACACGUUGUCAUUUUAAUAUAAAACAACAAAAUAUGAUUAUAUCAUAUAAAUUAUCAGAAAUUUGGUCACAAUUAAAUUGGUUAACUUCAUUAACUUAUCAAGAAAAAUCAAUAAUUUCUAUAAAAAAUUUAUCAAAUACAAUAAAUUUUCAACAAUCAUUAAAUUCUAUAGAAUUAUUACGUGGUACAUGGGAAUUAUUUACUAAAAAUAAUCAUGAUCUAGAUCAUAUAUAUCAUGAUCCUGAUCAUGAUCCCGAUCAUGAUCCUGAUCCUAAUCAUAAUCAUAAUAAUCAAUAUAAUGAUCAUUAUUAUAUUGAAUUAACAUGGUGGUUAUGGUUAGCACCAUUUUGGUGGAUCACAUAUAAAACUAAUCAAUCAUUCAAUACAACGAAUCAUUUAGGUCAUACACAAAUGAUCAAUAUACAUAGUAACCAAUUAACUAUGAAUAGUAACAACAAUAAUGAUAAUAAUGAUAAUAAUCCAUUAAUCAGUGGAUUAAACUUACCUUCCUGGUUAAAUGAAUGGAGUGAAUCAGGAUGGUAUUAUUAUAAUAUAAAUAUGAAAACUAAAUGGAAUCAUUUAUUAUUAUAUUUAUAUUAUAAAUGGUUAAAAUCAUGGUUAUUUAUAUUUUUGAUUGGUUUUUUAUUUGGUAUUUUAUUGAUUAGUUUUAUUUUAUUGAUUAUCUUUUUUUCAUUAAAAAAAUCAAUACGUUUACAAAUUAUUGAUUGUUUAUUUCAAACAAAAUAUCAAUCAAUCAAUCAUUAUCAAUCAAUAAUAGAUCAUAAAUCAUUGGAAUUAUCUACAGCUGAUCUAUUAUUAAAACAAAAUUAUUUAUUCAAUAAUAAUAAUAAUCAAUUAAAGAAUCAAUUCGAUAAUAGAAAUAAUAAUCAUGAUCAUGAUCAUUUCGAUUGUAAUCGAUUAUUGGCAUUACAUUCUAUUCAUGAAAAUGUUGAACAGAAUUUAUUAGAUCAAUCGAUAAAUGAUAAAGUAGAUUCAAGUUGUUGUUGUUGUUCUUGUUGUUGUUGUGAUUAUUUAUGGAAUAAUAAUAAUAAUAAUGAUCAUACAAAUACUACUACUAAUAAUACUACUGAUAUAUAUAAUAUAAGUAGUAUAAACAAUAACCAUAAUCCUAAGGAAUAUAUAAAAUGUUUAUUAGAUGAACUGAUUAUUCAACAUUCCAAUAAUGAAAUUAAUGAUCAUGAUGAUGAUGAUGAUGAACAUUAUUAUAAACAACUUCGUCAUUUCUCUCAUAUUCUUGAUAUAUAUUUAAAUAAAAAUGAGAAAUAUAUGAAUGAUGAGAAUCAUGAAGAGUAUGUAGCAUGUUAUUUACAUAAUAAUAAUAAUACAAAUGAAAUAUAUCAAAAUAAACAAUUAUGUCAAUGUUGUUGUCGUCGUCGUCGUCGUCACGAUCAUCGAUAUCAUGAUCAUCAUCAUUGUCAUUGUUGUCAUCGUCGUUGUCGUGGUCUCUAUCAUCAUCGUCAUCAUUGUCUACUUGAAUGUUAUUCAUUAAAUCAUCAACCAUUACAACAUACGUUCCAGUAUAAUAAUAAUAAUAAUAAUAGUAUGAAUUAUUUAGAUAAUCAUGAAAAUAAUGAGAUUAAAGUAAAUAAUGACGAAUUUAUUAUUGAACCAACAGCACCACCACCAAGUUAUGAUCAAAUUGUACCAAUAUUGUAAGUAGGUUUUGUUUGUUUGUUUGUUUCUCUUUCCAUAUUUCUGACGAACUUUCUAUCUAUCUAUCCACACUUCUAUCUAUCUAUCUAUCCACACAUCUAUCUAUCUAUCUAUCUAUCUAUCUAUCUAUCUAUCUAUCUAUCUAUCUAUCUAUCUAUCUAUCUAUCUAUCUAUCUAUCUAUCUAUCUAUCUAUCUAUCUAUCUAUCUAUCUAUCUAUCUAUCUAUCUAUC